AGCUUCAUAUAAAUUACGUCAGCCUUAUCAUCUUAUUUUCCUACAAGCCUAUAUAAAUAUAAUUACUAUAGUAGUAUAAUUUUAUAUGCAAAUAAAACCAUUUGCAUUGGUUCAAGUACAAAGACAUUUUCCUGAUUUUUCUGCUGUGCCAAGAAAACUUCAUAAGCUUCCAUUGAAUUAUAAGCUUGGUUAAAAUGGAUGUGAAAAACUCUCUUCAAAUAACAAAAGCUUCUGGUGCUUAUGAUGAUGAUGGACAUGCCAAAAGAACAGGAAAUUUAAAGAGUGCUGUGGCUCAUAUCAUAACGGCGGUUAUCGGCUCCGGUGUUUUGUCAUUGGCAUGGAGUACUGCUCAAUUAGGAUGGAUUGGAGGGCCAGUUGCCUUACUUUGUUGUGCAAUAGUUACUUAUAUUUCUUCAUUCCUGUUAUCUGAUUGUUAUAGAAAUCCUGAUUCUGUAACUGGGAAAAGAAACUACUCUUACAUGGAUGCUGUUAGAGUUAAUCUUGGUAAUAAAAGGACUUAUGUGGCUGGUUUCCUUCAGUUUUUGACCUUGUAUGGAACUGGUACUGCUUAUGUAAUUACUACAGCAACCUGUUUGGGGGCUAUUAUGAAAUCAAAUUGUUAUCACAAGAAAGGGCACCAAUAUCCUUGUAGUUAUAGUGGUAAUUUGUAUAUGAUGUUGUUUGGACUUGUUCAGAUUGUAAUGUCAUUCAUACCAGAUCUCCAUAACAUGGCAUGGGUUUCUGUUGUUGCUGCAAUAAUGUCCUUUACGUAUUCAUUCAUUGGACUAGGACUUGGCAUAUCAACGGUCAUAAAAAAUGGAAGAAUUAUGGGAAGUGUGACAGGAGUACAAACUGCUAGUGUUGCUGAUAAAAUCUGGUUAAUCUUCCAAGCACUUGGUGAUGUUGCAUUUUCAUAUCCAUACUCGAUUCUCCUUCUUGAGAUACAAGACACUCUAGAGUCACCUCCACCAGAGAAUCAAACAAUGAAAAAGGCUUCCAUGAUUGCAAUUUUCAUUACAACAUUCUUCUACCUAUGUUGUGGAUGCUUUGGAUAUGCAGCUUUUGGAGAUGCUACACCAGGAAAUCUCUUGACAGGGUUUGGAUUUUACGAGCCUUUUUGGCUUAUUGACCUCGCGAAUGUUUGCAUUAUCAUUCAUUUGGUUGGAGGAUAUCAGAUAUACAGUCAACCAAUAUAUAGUACAGCUGAUAGAUGGUUCUCAAAAAAAUACCCUAACAGUGGCUUUGUGAAUGAUUUUCACAAAGUGAAACUUCCACUUUUACCAGCUUUUCAAAUCAAUCUUUUCAGGUUCUGUUUUAGAACAAGCUAUGUGAUUUCAACAACAGGACUUGCAAUUUUAUUUCCUUACUUCAACCAAGUCUUAGGAGUAUUAGGAGCCAUAAAUUUCUGGCCAUUGGCUAUAUAUUUUCCAGUGGAAAUGUACUUUGUACAGAAGAAAGUUGGAGCAUGGACUAGAAAAUGGAUUGUUCUAAGGAUAUUUAGCUUUGCUUGUUUUCUUGUCACAAUGGUGGGAUUUAUUGGAUCAUUUGAAGGUAUCAUAAGUGAGAAAAUUAGUGGAAAAGGUUAAUGACAUUAUUAGCCCUUGAUAAUGGUUACUUUAUUUGUGGGUUGUAGAUUGGUUCAUGUAAUUUAGUUUCUAUGUAAUACUAGUGAUUUUCAUAAUUGUUAGAUAGGGAUUAAGAUAUUUAAGGGAUGAAUUAUACUAGCCAUGCAAUAAUAUAUAAGUUGCUUGAUGCAUAAUUCACUUCAAAGAAGCGGAUUCCAAUAAAUUUGGUGAUUGUUAUGUGCAUGA